AUGGGUAGUCUCUAUAUCUCUGUAUCCACUUUAUUUCUGAUGAUAUUUACAGCUUCAGAGCUGUUGUUCAGAGGGGAUUCGAAAACGUAUUGGGGAGACGUGAAAGGCUUGAAAGAGCUGAAGAAGGGGCUUGACAAUGGGUCAGUGACUCCUGGAUCUUGUCUGAGCUCAUGGGUCUUCUCCGUCGACCCCUGCGACUACGUCUUCAGCGACCGCUUCACCUGUGGCUUCCGAUGCGACCUCGUCGUUUCCGGCAUGAACCGGGUAACGGGGGUCAGUCUCGACCAAGCUGGCUACACUGGUUCACUUUCUUCCUCCGCCUGCAACUACCUCCCUUACUUGGAAAUCCUCGACCUGGCCUACAAUUCUUUGUCCGGUUCCAUCCCGACCUCUCUUUCCAACCUCACGCGUCUCCGCCGCCUUUCUCUCUCGGGAAACUCUUUCUCCGGCGAGAUACCCACUUCGAUUGGCUCUCUCUCUGCUCUAGAGGAGCUCUAUCUCGACUGGAACCAGCUUCAGGGCUCAAUCCCCGCGAGCUUCAAGGGUCUGGCCAGCCUCAAGAGGCUGGAGCUCCAGGGGAAUAGGAUCUCCGGCGAGUUACCCGAUCUGGGUUCCCUCAAGAACCUCAGUUUCUUGGAUGCGAGCGACAAUGCGAUCUCCGGGGGAGCUCCGGUGGGUUUGCCCGGUUCCCUGGUUGAGAUUGUCAUGAGGAACAACAGUCUGGAAGGGAAUCUCUCGGAGAAAAUCAAAAUCAGGGAUUUGGGGUUUCUGCAGGUGAUGGAUCUGAGCCACAACCGAUUGUCGGGCGCUGUUCCAUCGAUUGUGUUCCAGCACCCGUCUCUGCAACAGCUUACUCUAACCCACAAUCGGCUGUCAUCGAUACAGGUUCCCAGAGACAGGGGAGCCCGUAGCGAGCUGGUGGCCCUGGAUCUGAGCUACAACGAGCUUCAAGGAUUGUUGCCGGCAUUCAUGGGGAUAAUGCCGAAGCUGUCGGCCCUGUCGAUGGAGAAGAACAAGUUCACAGGGAUGAUACCGUCUCAGUACGCACUGAAGGCGGCGGUGCCAAGUGAGGGAACAUCACCGUUUGCGAGGUUAUUGCUUGGGGGGAACUACUUGUUUGGGCCAAUACCAGGGCCGUUAAUGGCGUUGAAACCGGGCAGUGCGAACGUGAGCUUGGUGGAUAACUGCUUGUUCAAGUGCCCAGAGACGUUCUUCUUCUGUGAAGGUGGGGUGCAGAAGUCGUCCAUGGAUUGUAAGAGCUUUGAGCCUGUAAUCCCUCGAUACUAG